UUUGACUAAGUCUGGGAACUGCUGUCUUCAGGGGCAGCCCCACCAUACUGAGCAGAGCAGCAGGUUGAUCUGAAAGAGUGAUUGGAGCCGAUGUGAGGGGUAAUGGACUCAUCUGUGAGGGACAACCAGUGACAUCACGACUAGCUAUCAUCUGUGGAACAUCUUCUUGCCACAUGGGGAUCAGCAAAGAUCCAAUUUUUGUGCCAGGCAUCUGGGGGCCUUAUUUCUCAGCCAUGGUCCCUGGGUUCUGGCUGAAUGAAGGUGGUCAGAGCGUUACUGGAAAAUUGAUUGACCACAUGGUACAGGGCCAUGCUGCCUUCCCUGAACUACAAGCCAAGGCCACAGCUAGAUGCCAAAGUGUAUAUGCAUAUUUGAACAGUCACCUGGAUCUGAUUAAGAAGGCUCAGCCUGUGGGUUUCCUCACUGUUGAUUUACAUGUUUGGCCAGAUUUCCAUGGCAACCGGUCUCCCUUAGCAGAUCUGACACUAAAGGGCAUGGUCACUGGAUUGAAACUGUCUCAGGACCUCGAUGAUCUUGCCAUCCUCUACCUGGCCACUGUUCAAGCCAUUGCUUUUGGGACCCGCUUUAUCAUAGAGGCCAUGGAGGCAGCAGGGCAUUCUAUCAGCACUCUUUUCUUGUGUGGAGGCCUGAGCAAGAAUCCCCUUUUUGUGCAGAUGCAUGCAGACAUUACCGGCAUGCCUGUGGUCCUGUCGAAAGAGGUGGAGUCUGUCCUCGUGGGUGCUGCUAUUCUGGGUGCCUGUGCCUCCGGGGAUUUCCCUUCUGUACAGCUUCUGUCCCAAGUCUUCAGUAGCCAUAGAGAAGCAUAGGAGUUGGAGGUUUAAAAGGUAGGUUUUUGAGUAAUACAGUCUUGUAUUGCAGUCCUACCUCCAUAACUUACUAACUGUAUGAUCUUGAGCAGUGUGGUUAACCUCUCUGAGACUCAAUUCUGUUGUGAGUAAAUGGACAGAACAAUACCUAUAUUUAAAAAGCUGUCUUUUUCUUCUAAGUGGUGUGGUGUUUUCUGUAUUUUUCUGAAUUUAAACCUAGUUUUUUAAAUUAAAAAUUAAUAAUACCUAUUUCCCUGAGUUGUUUAGGAACAUAAAGUGUUGUUAUAUGACAUUUAGGCCACUCUGAGUCUUGUUCCAGCCUGAGAUUAUUAGCCAACCUCAUGACCUUGGAAAUGAGAGAAUGCUAGUUUAUUGACUAGGUUCUACAUGAUCAGAUACAUUAUUUUUCAUCAAAAACACUGAGUAGAAUUAUACUGUAUCACUGUCUCUUAUCAUCAUCAUCAUCAUCAAACUCCCAGACUAUUCGGAACUAUCUCCUACAAUUCCUAUCUUUGAUUCAGGCCUAGCAUUCUACCCAGAAACUGUAGUUAGCAUCUGCUUGCCUUUGGCCAUUAAUAUAUUCCCCCAUAUCUUAAGAUACUCCCUGCCCCUCCACUUCCCUCAUGGCCUCAUGGUAGAGGCACCUGAAUUCAUUUAUUUUUUAGCUAUGGCAAGGAAGAAAGCCGGGUAUAGAAACAAAUUUCA